UAUAAUUAUAGAGUAUGUAUAUAUAUAGAUACAUAUACAUAUAUAUAAAAGUUUUAAAAUUAAAAAGUCUAUAACCUCCAAAAACAUGUCUGCCACUAAAGUACAGUCAUUAUAUUUGUUUCGAAAAUCAAAUAAAUGGACUAAAGGAGUAGGAGCAUCUUUACCAGAAGAAUAUAAAAAAUUUUGGAAAGAAUGGAAAGUGCAAGAACCUACUGCAGUUCAUUAUAUAAAAGAGGAGGGAAAAUAUACUAGAAAUGAAGAAACAGGAGAAGUUUAUCCGGUACAAAAUGUACCAAUUCCUGUGAAAUAUCCGAAAGAAUUUAGCGAGUUUAUAUUAGGCGGAGAGGCUAUAGUUCAAGGAUUCAUAAAACGUGGAAAAUAUUAUCGCAGAACUCCCCAUUUUUGGUUUCCUCAAUUAAGAAAAUCAAUUCUCUAUAGCGAAGUUUUGGAUACGUAUAUAAGAACUAUCAUUACACUUAGAACUAUUAAUUUAAUUCAUGAAAACUAUGGAUUUGAUCAUUAUUUAUUGAAGACUCCAGCAUGCGACUUGAAAUCACAUCUCGCUUUAAGAUUAAAGCGAGAAAUACUUAUAGCAUUGGCAGAUAAAACAUUAUAUCCAAAUGAUGAAGCUAAACGAGAAGAAGUAUAUAACAAAUAUUCACAAUAUUUAUCUUCAUAUACGCGAGAAGAAAUUGAAUGGUAUGGUUUAACGUUUAACGACGCAUGUAAAAAAUAUAUUGAAAUGCAUGGUAAUAAAAAGAAUAUAGUUGAACCAUUAAAAAUUAAAUACAGAUCAGAAUUAAUAGCUAAACUUAAAGAGAACAAUAUUGAAGAAGCACAGGGUGUUGAUGUCAGUUUACCAGAUAAAAAGGACGGUACAUGGCUAUCCAAAUGGAAUCCAUUUCAAAAGACAUCAGAAACCAAAUAGAUAACAUUUGUAAUUUUGAUAAUGGAUAUUUUGUAAAUAGUAAAACAAAAAGGGAAAAUAUUUCUAGUAAAUGUAAUACCAAAAACAUAUGUUUUUUCUUUUUUUUUCAUUUUUCACACUACAAAUUUAUUGAUAUU